CAAUUAACAUUUCAUUAAUUGAGUCUGCGAAGUACACCAACAGACCCAUUGUAGACUUAUGAUUUAAAUAUUCAAAUUAUACCACAAGUGGGUUGACCUUGAAAUUGUUUGCAUUUGCAGCACGUGUUUUGAUAUUAACCGACAAGUCUCGUUUAAUUAAUACUUAAAAUACCUCGUGUUUCAUGUGAGGUUUGGUAGAGUACUACAUAUUUCACAAAACAGGUCUCAGGUUAGAGCAACAAUCAUGACAUCCAAAACCUCCAAAGCAUUGAAAAUAAAUAUUACAAACGGCGAUAAUUAUGAUGAAGAUUGGACUUUUGAUGGAGAUACAUGCACGUAUGAAGAACUGCAAUCCGUUUUUAAUAAGCCAUGCACAUUGUUGACGUCCAAAAAGAUAUUUUCUGACAAAAAGUAUAUCUUACACUUGGAUGCAACAAGGGAAACAGAUCCUUCAAUUGUAAUUGCAUCAAAUACAUCAGUAGAUAUCUUAAAAUUGUCUGGAUCACAGCUUGCUAAAACAAAUGAAUUAAAUUUAGCUGCUGAAGAAGAAUGUGUAGGCACAAAAUUUGCACCAAUGGACAGUAAUUUGGUAUACAUUGCUUGUUCUAAAGCAAAUAUUAAAUUAUAUGAUUUGAGGACACCUGAGAAACCAGUGAGUGAAUUCAUUGACUCAACUGUGAAUGAUAAAAAUAACAAAACAUUUCUAAGUUUUGAUGUUUCACCAGAUAACAAAUUGGUAACUGCUGGCACUGAAUUAUUCGACGCGGACGCGUUCGUUCUCUUCUGGGACGUGCGAAAUGCGAAUCUUCUGGGAGCCUAUUGGGAGAGUCACACUGAUGAUGUAAUGCAAGUUAAGUUCCAUGCUGAAGACAGAAACAAGCUGUUAUCAGCAUCAACAGAUGGACUGAUUAACAUGUACAACUUAAAGGAGGCGAGCGAAGAUGAUGCGCUCACGGAGUGUUUGAAUACUGAAUCAUCAGUGGAGCAGAUUGCGUGGUGUAAUGAAGAAGUAUUUUGUGCUACACAUACGCAUAAUGUACAGAUGUGGCGGUUGGAAGAUGCGACGCCGUAUGGCGACUUCAAGCGGGAGAUUCUAAGUCAACAUAUUAAAAGGAAAUGCGAUGAUUAUAACUAUGUGGCUGGGUGUUUUGUUGACAAGGAACAGCCUGUUAUUUUGUUUGGUUCGAAUUUUAAGGAUGGCGAAUGUUUGAGAGCAUUGGCAGUGGAUGGGAAACAAUUACGACCUUUGUUUGACUGUAGAGGAAACUCGCAGAGAGUUAGGAGCGCACGUUUUGAUCCUCAAAGUAGGAUAUUGAUGACUGGUGGCGAGAAGGGUAUCAUUGACGUGUGGAAGUUGGAUUGUAUAAGCUAAGAAUACAAUUUAAGGAAUGUGUUAUGUGUUCAUUGAUUUUUAACUGAAAUAAAAGUUGUUUAAAUUAA